CAAAAGGAUCGGCUGUAAGUACACAUACUAUCCAUCACAGAUGGAAAUUUGGUCAUUUGAUUUUGGAUUGUGAGCGCGCUGAUUUUGUAUAUAUGGGUGUCAGUUGUGUUUCUUCUGUUAAGUCCUAGGAUGCCAAAGUCUCUCCGCUAUGAUUUGUGUGACGACCGAUUAACUUCCCGUUCGUAUGAAUGUAGCAGUAACUUAUACGAUGAAAGUUAUCAACUUCGAGAUGAAUAUUCAAGAAAACACAAAAAGCAUUCUCAUCGCUUGAAGGAACAUGGAAACCACACAUCCAAGUAUUCUAGUAACAAGCACAAAAGGACAGGUGACUGGUCACCUGAAAUCUCCCCUAAUGAUGCUCCUAAAAAAAAGAAAAAGCACAAGAGGCGUUCUCGCAGUCAUAGCAGUGGCAGAAAGGUCCGUGUUUCCAGGCAUCACUCUCCGGAAUGUACGGAUAUCAGCUCCUUCAAGUUCCGAUCCAGUCUUAUGUCCGAGUUAUCAAAACAUCACAACUUUAAGGAGAAAAUUUUAAAGGCUCAAAACGUUCAUGAGACUUAUGAGAUCAAAGAUUUUCGCCCAGUAUCCGCUGAACGUGACUUGAAACAAUCAAAUGUGAAGUGUUUCGAAGCUCCUAAAUCUGAGUCCUCUCUAAUCCCAUUAGAUGAAAUAGCUUUACCACCAGAGCCAAGUAAAAAGCUGUCAAGCUCGGUUUCCUCAGUCAGCACACCACUGUCUAAGGAAACUGCUAUACGAGAGUCCAAUCCAGAUUCAACCGUAAAGGAUCCUCAUCGGAUAGAUUUGUUGCAAACGAAUAAGUUGCUAAAAACACACCAAUUACCAUUGCCUACGGAAACUCUGUCUGAGGAUAAAAAACCGUCUAUUACGGAACUUCCGUUGCCUCCUGGCUUUGACAGCACAAACCUAGACACAAUCUUUCCUAAUAAGUCACCAAAGCAUUCCGUCCCUGGGUCGACAGUGAAACCUGCCGGCAGGCAAAGAAUAACUAAACGUCCCAAGAUUUGCGCACUUAGAAGCAAAAGUCGUAAUAACAAGACAUGGGGAGAGCGUUCUGUGACGGCUUUUGACACACUAAUUCAAGUUGGUGAAGGUACAUAUGGUCAUGUCUAUAAAGCAAGAGAUAAAAUCACUGGGGAAUACAAAGCAUUGAAAAAAGUUAGGCUAGAGAAUGAAAGGGAGGGAUUUCCCAUAACCGCUGUUCGAGAAAUAAAAAUACUUCGCCAACUCAGACAUCCUAACAUUGUUAACUUAUGCGAAAUCGUUACUGACAAGGACGAUCCUACUGACUUUAAGAAAGAUAAAGGUGCUUUCUUCCUAGUUUUCGACUACAUGGAUCAUGAUCUUUAUGGUAUUUUAGAGUCUGGAUUGGUAGCUUUCAGUGAACAGCAUAUCGCUUCUCUGAUGAAGCAGCUCUUGGAUGGCCUUAGUUUUUGUCAUGAUAGACAUUUUCUUCAUCGUGACAUAAAAUGUUCUAAUAUCCUGAUUAACAACAAAGGACAGCUGAAGUUAGCGGAUUUUGGACUGGCACGUUUAUAUAUCGCUGGAGAUAAAGAAAGACCGUACACGAAUAAAGUCAUAACCCUGUGGUAUCGACCUCCAGAAUUACUACUUGGUGAAGAAAGAUAUGGCCCAGCCGUUGACAUAUGGUCUUGCGGGUGCAUAUUAGGAGAAAUGUUCACUCGUCGACCAAUGUUUCAGGCUAGUGAAGAAGUCGAACAAUUAGAAGUCAUAUCACGAAUUUGUGGGUAUCCAGAUCCAGCUAUAUGGCCUAAUGUUGAAAAAUUACCUUUCUAUUCGACAAUAAAACCUAAAAAGAUGUACAGACGCAGACUCCGAGAAGAAUAUCACAUCAUUCCACCACAUGCUGUAGAUCUCCUCGAUCAUAUGCUUCAAUUGGAUCCCCAAAAGCGAUGUAGUGCACGUGAAGCGCUAGCUUCACCAUGGUUACGGAAUAUUGACCCUACAAAGAUUUCCCCACCAAGAUUACCUGUUGACCAAGAUUGUCAUGAAAUGUGGAGCAAAAGAAGGCGACGCAUGUUGCGCCAGGAGCAGGAAGUAAAGGCUCAGAGAAUUGGCCAAGAAACAUCCUCUUCCAAGUUCCCAGCUGUCACAUCUCGUACUUCCUUAGUGGAUGGUAAUUCUGUUCCAAAUGGACCAUCUCAAAACCAAGUAUAUUCAACAAGCAGUAGAUCUGGAUCAUUCAAACAAAGCAUUCCAAACAAACUUAGUAGUGACGGAUUUCCAGACAGUAGUUUCAACAUGACACAACUUCAUCAUCCUCAAAUUUCUACUAAUCCCAUAGAUUCCACUACUAGUCUUAAGAAUCAGCUACGAGACUUAUUGGCAGAUUUCGCAGAUUCUGGAAUAGACCGUUUCAAAGAAUCUAUCACUGAAGCACUGAAAGCAAAUCCUAAUUUAUUAAAAGGAAUGCAAGAAUUACUUGGUCCUAGUGAUCCUAGUGAAAAUGCCUCAGCUGUUCUUGCGUAUAUUUUAUCAUUGUUGGCAGAUUUAAGUAGUCAGAGUUCAACUGCUAUGGAAAUGAGUGAUGCAAGUAUCCAAACGGCAUCUUCACAGAUCCAUCCUCAACAUUUGCCACGUGAUUCCAAUAAUCAACUAACCUAGUAUUACUGCUACUGCCGCCACUACAGCUCUUUCUAAGGAUUCUGGUAUUUUCUGAUGUGAAAGUUCAACCAUUGUGUGCAUUAUACAUAUAUUUCAAUUUUGUUGUAUCUAAGCUGUAAAAAAUGAAAUGCUUUAUUGUUUUUGUCCUGUUUAUUUAAAUGACGUGCUAUUUUUAGACAGAUAAUGUAGAUAUAAAAACAGACACUUGUGAUAGACAUUAUCCGAAACCUAAUUUUAUACUGAUAAAUUUUCGGCCCCAAAAUACAUGUUAUUACUUGAUAGUCUUUUGCUCAUUUUUACUGGUAUCAGCUCAAAAGGUUUUUGUUGUGAGUACAUCUCUAGCAAUUAUUGCACUUGCAUAAAGGUUAUUAUUAAGAAAAAACAUUGUCAAUGUUAUUCCAUUCUGUCAGGCAGUUUAGUCACAAGACUUGAAGUGUCACGGUUUAAAAAAUUAUUAGGUGAUUUUAGGUCAAUAUUGCACACGUAUCAGUGCGAAUUGUGGAAUAUUGUCAUAUAUCGAUAGUGAAAUAGAAAGAUGCCUCUUCAAAUGGGAAUUAGGAGAGGUUUACUUCCGAAGCAAACUGACUUUCCUCUAAAAAUCAUUUUGAUAGUUUAGUAAUGAUAUUUCAUAGGGAUACUAGAAAAUAAGGUUUCAUAAUAAUCUCAUUUCCCCAGUAAUAAUUCUUAAGUCAUCAUUCAAAUACUUUAUAUUUUGGUAGGAUAGUGGGAAAGCUAGUAUCUUCUUGAAACAUAAUGUCGACUUACAAUUUUCCCAUUGCUUUGAUAACAUAUUUUACUGGUCAAAGUUAUCUGUACUAAAAAGAGAAGCAACAAUUUUACAGUUAUUUCAGCAAUCAGACUGACAUUAAAAUUAUUCAGGUAUUUCUAAUCUCAGUAACUGACUUGGAAUUAUGUACUAAUCAUUUUAAAGUAUUCGUACAAUAUACAUCCUUAACAAUCUUUGCGGUCUUAUGGAGGGUUAAUCCCAAACAUUCUAGAUAGGCCACUUCCUAUUGUAUUU